UGUUGUACUGCCAUGGCUUCUUCAUCAUCCCCAGCUUCUAUAUUUAAAUCCCUUUUUAGGGGACUCAAUAUCACAACACCCCUCUUCAAAAUCCUAUUAGUGCCAAACCAAAACUUGGCUCGUUUGUCUUGCCCAGGAGGUUAUCUGUGCAAUUUCAGACUCCUCGUGGGGAUACAAAGAUGUCAUUGAAGGCUGUUACUGUGUCAGCAACCAUGACAGAGAAAGCCAAGAAGCGUUAUCCUGGUGAAUCGAAGGGGUUUGUGGAGGAGAUGAAGUUUGUGGCAAUGAAAUUGCAUACGAAGCAGCAGGCUAAGGAGGGAGAGAAGGAGAUCAGUCAACCUGAAGAGCGAUCCGUGGUCAAGUGGAAACCCACGACUGAGGGGUACUUGAGGUUUCUUGUGGAUAGCAAAUUGGUUUAUGAUGCACUGGAAAAUAUCGUCUAUGAUGCUGCUUAUUCUUACUAUGCUGAAUUCAGAAGUACAGGAUUGGAAAGGUCUGCAAGCUUGGCUAAAGAUUUGGAAUGGUUCAGGGAGCAAGGUCAUCCUAUUCCUGAACCUUCUUCACCUGGUCUUACCUAUGCACAGUAUCUUAAAGAGUUAUCUGUGAAGGAUCCCCAGGCCUUUAUUUGCCACUUUUACAACAUAUAUUUUGCUCAUUCAGCUGGUGGUCGGAUGGUGGGGAAGAAGGUGGCUGAAAAGAUUCUGAACAACAAGGUGUUGGAGUUCUAUAAAUGGGAUGGUCAGCUUUCCCAGAUGUUACAGGGUGUUAGGGACAAGCUGGAUAAAGUCUCUGAAGGAUGGACUCGAGAAGAAAAGAAUCGUUGUCUUGAAGAAACUGAGAAAUCAUUCAGGCUUUCAGGGGAAGUUCUGCGCCUAAUAUUAGUAUCAUGAUCAUAGUUUUAUUGCCUGCUAUUCCUGUAAUUAUCUUGUAAGUAAUGGCAAAAGCUUAAAACAUUGUGUGAUUUGGAAAUUCUGUUAUUCUCAAUUCGUAAAGGUGUCGUGUGUGUGUGUAAAUCUAGAUAUAGAUAUAUUGUGUGAUCUAUUACGUGUAUGUGACGAAAUUAUGUUCGGUAUACGAGAUGCACCCGAAUUCAA